UUUUCGCCAAACACAAGAAAUACAGUCGUCCACGUACCAAAGUACCCUGUGCAUCUGUAUUGACUUGGGAUCUUGGAGAAACUCAUUGAGGGUCUGUGAAAAAUCACUUCUUUGGUGCGUAGAAUUGAACAUCUGCUGGGUCAUAGCAAAAGGAGGACACCAUGGAUGUUGAUUCACAGCAGACUAUGGAGGAAACCAUCCUGGUGGGUGAUGAUCUGAUGAUGGGCCCUCCAUCACCAGUCAUUCCACCUGAGAUAGCGUCUCAUGUACUUGAAGGUGUUGAUCUCUGUGACGGAAUCUUGAGGAAUCUGUUCCUCUGCUUACAAAUCAAUGAUAUCGAGCCAUUCUGUCAGGAUGAGAUUGCUUUAUAUCGGCAAUGUGCAGAGAGAAGGGAUAAGGAGCUCAGGCAACGCCUUCAAGAUAGUGAACAGAAAUUAGGGAUGUCAAUGCCUCUUGAUCAAGCAAAGGAAAGAGCCACUCAACUAGAAUCAGAAGUCACAUCACUGGAGAGGCACUUAAUUUUGGCUAGCGGAGUUGAAGGUAUGGAAGGUUUUCGGCAACGAUGGAGUCUACAUGGUCGCGUAACUGAUAUCAAGAGAAGGCUGGAGGCUCUGAAGGGGGGAAUGGAGAACAGAAAGAAGGAUGAGCCGACUGAAAAUAUCUCUACCAAGAAAAAAUGGUCCUUCUGGUGAAAACAAUAGUUACUCCUCCUUCACCAUCCAACAAAUUGUU